AUGCUCAAAGCAUAUACAGAGAAAUCAGCUUUGCUGUUUAAGCACAAUGUGAAAGUGAAAGCCCAGGAAAUUGAGCAGAACGUCUUGCGCGUCAACAAUGAGGACCUGAACAUGAAAUACAGAAACCUCCAGAGGUCACACAAGAAGGUCGAAGCCGAGAUGGCUGCCUUGAGAAAGGCAAACCAGGAACUCAAACAACUGAAAGAACCCUGUGUUGAGGAGCAAGGUGUAGAGAUGGCUGCUUUGCGUGAGACAAAUCAGGAACUCCAACAACAGAAGCAGCGUUGUGUGGAGGAGAAGGAUAAAGAGAUAGCUGCCUUGCUGAAGGAAAACAAAACACUGAAACAAGAGAAGGAGCGUUGUGUUGAGGAGAAAGAUGCAAAGACGGCCGCCUUGCAAAAGACUAACCAAGAACUCAAACAACAAAAGGAGCGUUGUCUUGAGGAGAAAUCUGUAGAGAUAGCUGCUCUGCGUGAGAGAAACCAGGAACUCCAACAACAAAAGGAUCAUUGUGUUGAGGACAAAGCUGUAAAGAUAGCUGAUUUGCGUGAGAGAAACCAGGAACUCAAACAACUGAAGGAGCGUUGUGUUAAGGAGGAGGCAAAGAUGGCCGCCUUGCAAACAACAAACCAGGAACUCAAACAACAAAAGUUGCGUUGCGUUGAGGAGAAAGAUGCAGAGAUAGCUGCUUUGCUGAAGGAAAACCAAACACUGAAGCAAGAGAAGGUGCGUUGUGUUGAGGAGAAGGUGGACAAGAAGGAGGAUGUGGAGGUGAAAGUGGAGGUGGAAGUGAGGCAUGAUGUUAAAAUGAAUGCCCUGAAAAUUGAGCAGAAAAUCUUGCGCGGAAACAAUGAGGAACUGAACAUGAAAUAUGGAAAGCUCCUCAAGAUGCACGAGAAGGACAAAGCAGUGAUGGCCACCUUGAGAAAGGUGGGCUUUCGUUUUGUGAGAGGUAAAGGAUCUAAUGGAAGAUCGUACCUGACACCAGAAUUACAUCUGUGCAAAUCAAGCAGCCUCCUCCGGAGCCAAAAGCUGAAGUCAGAGCUGCCUUAA